AGCCCCCCCUACGUGCCACCGGUGAUUGGAGGACAGCUGAACACUGGUACACUCUGCAUGUCAGCUCAGCAGAACCUGUCCACUCACUACAACCUGCAUAACCUCUAUGGGCUGACGGAGGCUAGCGCCACCCACAGUGCCCUGGUGAAGGUCCGGGGGUCGCGACCCUUCGUGCUGUCCCGCUCCUCCUUCCCUGGCAUUGGCCGUUUCUCCGGAGUCUGGACGGGAGACGUGAGGAGCGACUGGGAGCAGCUCAGAUACUCCAUCCCUGCGGUGCUGCUGUUUGGCCUGUUCGGGGUGCCCCUGGUGGGGGCGGAUGUGUGUGGGUUCAGGGGGGACACCACAGAGGAGCUGUGUGUACGCUGGACCCAGCUUGAGCCUUCUACCCCUUCAUGA